AUCGAACCACCGAACCAACAACUCCUCUCCACACCACGAAGUCGACGAUGAUGCGCCGCGCUGUCUUCACAAUUGCUCGGCAGACGCCCUGCCGUGCGCCAUUGGCUGCUCGCCAGUUCUCUGUUGCCGCUGCCCGUCGCUAUGCGUCCAAGGAUGAGACCGUCGCCGUGAAGAAGUUCAAUGAGAUCAAGUCUGAGGAGGACUUGCUUCCCCCAGGUGCUCCAGUUGGCACCGUGCCAACAGACCUCAACCAGUCGACCGGUCUGGAGCGUCUCGAGAUCCUUGGUAAAAUGCAGGGCAUCGAUAUUUUCGACAUGAAGCCGCUGGACUCGUCACGGAAAGGCACGAUGGAGGACCCCAUCAUCGUCCGAUCCUUUGGCGAGGAGCAGUACGUCGGCUGCACCGGCGUUCCUGCCGACACUCACGAGAUCCUCUGGCUCGUCACCUCCCGCGACCGUCCUAUCGAACGCUGCGGCGAAUGUGGAAACGUCAUCAAGAUGGAGUACGUCGGCCCGGAGAUGAGCCACGACCACCACGACGACCAUGGCCACGACGAGCACGCCUACGCAGGCGAGCCGAAGACAAUGGCCGACUUCAUCAAGCCGGAGUACAGGUAUGGUGCGCCUAAGAGCUCGUAGACGGCGACGUUGGCGAAGGCUUUGACGAGGCUGCAGAGAGCGAGCGUGGAAAUCAAAAUGUAUGUUGUGUACAUAUAUCUAGAAUGGAGUGGACAAAUGAAACAGCUUCCUUUUUUUUUU